AUGAUUGGCAAACUCCCGAGAAGUCGAGAUACUCAAGUCUCGCCUCUCACUACGACGUCUACGCCUCCAUAUUCAACGAGGAACAGCGACAGCCGCCGAGCCAAUUCAGGUCUGGCGGGAAUCGAGGCAUCGCCUUGGCCUCAUGCACCGAGCUUUAGUGCAAACGGACAAUCCUCCUCUUCUUCCUCUUCUCGCUCGCUUGGAGCAAGCGGUGAGGGUAGCACACCACACAGCAAUGGUAGUCAUCCCUCAAGCGGCUCGCAACAGGCGCGUGGGCCCACAUCGUCUUCCGAUGCUUAUGUGCUGCCGCCUCCGAGGCAUAGCCAUGACCUUGUGAACGAGCAGAAAGAGGAAGACCUAGACGCAGCCGACAAGCAGUCUGAAUGGUCAAUCGAGGCACAGUCUGUAUCACAGAGCGACCAGGAUGAGGUUGAGCGGUCACUCGUUCAGGAGGGCUCUCUGGCAGGGGAAGAACCUGGCUUUAGCAUUGUCUACCCAAGGCAAGAAGAAGAGGGAGGAGAAGUUCUCGAGGAGUCGCCACAGACACCAAGGCAGGCGGAGGUGACCCGGCUAUCAAUACCCCCAGAAGGGUUGACUAUCGCACACGUACCGGCUGAUGGACCUGCGCACCCCGGGCUCCACUUUGUCGACGCCCACGAGCCCACUUCUCCGCAAGCUCUCCUGUCGCCCUUCCCACCAGAGACGCCACGCAGCCCAGCACCAGCCCAUCGAGACUCUUACUUCUAUCCUUCAGGUCCGUUGCCGUCCGCAAGAAGCUUCCGCAAUCUUCCCUCGCAUCACUCUGCAACCCUAGUCGAACGAGCUUCACGGCCUAGCCUGACCGAAUUUCCUUCGAGGUCGAAGUCACAGCGUGGCAGCAAUCGAUGGUCGGACCAAUCUCACUUCACCUCCUUCAGCCUCGGCGGGAGGUCUAAGAGGCAGCGGGACAGCUUUCGUACAGCCGCUCAGCGUCUAGAGACAUCUCGGCAAAGCCGUAGAAAUCGGGAGCGAGAUCUUGCCCUCCCUUCUCCCGAUGACGAAGAGGCGUACAACUCGAGUGCUCUACAAGGCCGCGGUCCACGAGUGCUCAUGGCAGCACAAAGGGCCAUUGCGCCCUACAGAAUCGUCGCCCCGGUCCUGAUCAACACCCUAUUCGACUUCAACCUCCUCUUCAUCCUCGUGGAGCUCGCCCUUUACCCAGAAGAUACCUCCGGAUCUCAGCACUCUCCUCGAGCGGCAUGGGCCAUUGCGACGGCAGUCCACUGUGUGUGCUCUGUGGCGCACCUAUUUCUCUACGCAACCAAGCUCUACGGUGCUUAUACAGCCCAGACAGCGAGAGGGAAGGCGCGACCGUCAGCGGAUGAAGCCUACCUCUCUUAUUUCCACCGCCUGGUCCUCAUCUGCCGAAGUCCCUCCCUUCACACCAUGGUCAAGCGGGUGGACGAGAUGGCCACUCGACAGCAAAGGAUUACAGAGACGGCCUGGAGAUGGAGUCAGCUCUGGAAACUUGCUCUGCUAGAUGUUCCGAGGUUGGUCAUUGCGAUCAUUGUCGUUAUUCUCUUUGCCCCGUCCAACACCAGCAACACGGCUACCACACCCAUACAGACUUCGAGAGACCCUUUCUUCUUUACGUCAAUGACUGGAUUGCUCAGUGCAUAUGGCUUCGGCAUCUCCUUGGCGUACAUCGUCGUCCUAUCGGUCGGAAUUCUGACCGUGCUCUGGGCUUCACUCUCCGUGAGAUACUCUCAUCGACGCGCCUCGACGGAUCUCGAGGACGACGAUGACGACGAGAAGAGACUGGGGACCUUUGGUGGCAUUUCUCCCUCUUCUGCUUCGCGACCCCUUUGGGCACUCGAUACACAAGACCGAGUCAGGUUUGUUCUUCUGCAGAACAGGGACAAGCACGCCUCGAUGGCUCGCUUCUCUCAGUUGGACCCCCUGCAAUCUGUCAUGGUCACGGUGACCUCUCCCCGUCAGGAGCAGUUGCAAGAACAAGAGGUCCCGCGGGAGAAAGGUGAAGACUAUGAUACUGAGGAAGACAUGGCUCUCUCCUCUCAGAACCAUCAUCGUGGUUCUUCGAUGCGCAAGACUAGGGUGAGCUGGCUUCAAACCACCCCUCCCCUCAUGCCCAUCGUCUUCCCCGAAAGGAGUCACGCUGUUUCGCCAUUUGAAAUCCCUUGCAGCAUUGGUACUGAGUUGAGGGUGACCAACGCUGCUACGCCUGACCCAUCGAUGCGCGGCAAGUCAAUGGAGCAGCCAGAGUCGAUGCGUGAAGAGGGUCUUGAAGACGAGCCCACUACCGAGCCCCAGUCAAAGGCGUCGCCCACACCGCAGGAGGGAGCGGAUAUCCCGCCAAAUCCCGAGGAAGAAGGAGUCAUUGAAGAGGGCGAGUCGACACCUGACAGCACUACUUCGACCUCUACGACCUCCUCCUUCUUUCAACGCAUGACAGGGGAGGAGCGCAGGUCAAGCCGUGUCAAAGGCCCUCGGCCCAUCUCGGGAAAAGAGACUUUCUGGGAGAACUGGUUUGGUAGCCGAGUGGGCAAGGAGGAAAAGGGAGAAGUAGAAGAGGGCGCUCAUAGUGGCCCGCACGGUAUGACAGCUGAUGAGCAAUCAGGGUCGUCGCCAGAGCAGACUGCAGCUGGCGACGCCAGCAUGCUACCACCGCCUCCAGCUCCCGUCGCCUCGGCAGAGGACGCCUCCACGCCACGACUGCAGAGAGAAGGCUCGCAAAAGGCGCGACCAGACUCAAUCGCAGACCUGCUGCUCGCCUACCAGAACCUCACCUCCCAGCUCUCCACGGAAGGGAGUGAGCGACGAGCACCUUCAGACACGACUGCGUCAGAAGAACCUCAACGUCUCUGGCCUGCACCGACUGUACAGCCUCGACCUUCGCCAGGUCCGGAGUCUCCCCGUACGCAGGCACUAGCUCAGGCGUCAGCACUGGCUCCUGCUCGACCUCCUCGCGCCGAUCGACAUGCUAAGGUCCCGUCUCAAGAGAGUAGCGACGACUCAGAUGAGGCACGCAUCUGGGCUUCCUUCCCCGACCCUACACCCAUGUCCGCAAGCGACACACCGGCACCUGCCCCUGUGCCUACUUCGCUCCGUAGAGCUGGUAGGCUGAACAGUAGCAGUGGGCCGAGAAGUCGUCCCAACUCCCUCGUCUUGCCCGUCGAGAAUUCGGGGCUUAGAGUGGUGAAUACCUCAUCUGACGAGGAUGACGCCGCGAAUACCAGCAUGGGGUUGAAGAUUGCCUCUCCAGGACUUCAAGGACACGGCCAACAGCUGCCUAUCAUUCGGGAGGAGUCUACCUCUUCUCGCCCUUCUUCAAUCGCGUCUACUAGCGUCUAG